GCUUCGCGGAAUACCGCGGGAACUGCGAGAAACCGCUCGUGUGCAGUGGAAUGAGAUAAAGAGUACUGACGUGUCGACGGACCAAGCAUCGUAUCGAGAUCGACGGAUCGGGAAUUGCACGAUCCUCUCGCGUCGUCCAGGAUCUUGGGGGGGGGGAACGACAAGACAUAAACAAUUGAGUCGAACUCCUCCGGGAAGCUCGCAGGGGAAGGUGACGUCUCGACCGAAGGUAUCGAUGACAACGCGCUCAUGACGAAUCCUUCGCGAGAUGCUCGACCUGAGGAUCGGCCUUCCGGCCUAGACUAUCCUGAUCCUAGGUCAGUGCGCGGCGCCCAUCAGGCGAACCCGGUGAGCCAAAUUGGCGGGCCCAGGAUACGGAAAGGCCGGGCCUCAAGCUCGAGGAGAAGAAUGCACCUGGCCAACGAGGUACCUCCUCAAGGCUCGGUCAGCGGAAAUCACCUGCCCGAUUAUGCCCUCACCGCCGACUUGCUCGCCGAGAGAACGUUAGACGGACUGCUCGCCGAGCACCCGGGAGAACUUAUUCGCACAGGUUGCCCGCAUGUGGUCUGCACGGUAUUGCCGUCGCACUGGAGAUCGAACAAGACCCUACCUGUAGCCUUCAAGGUGGUAGCUCUCGGCGAGGUCGGGGACGGUACCCUCGUGACAGUGCGCGCCGGGAAUGACGAAAAUUGUUGCGCGGAAUUGCGAAAUUCUACCGCCUUAAUGAAAAACCAGGUCGCCAAAUUCAAUGAUCUCAGGUUCGUCGGCAGGAGCGGCAGAGGGAAGAGCUUCACCCUGACGAUCAUGCUGCAGACGUCGCCGCCGCAAGUGGCCACCUUGUCGAAGGCAAUCAAGGUGACCGUGGACGGCCCCAGGGAGCCGCGCUCGAAGACAAGACACCAGGCCUUUCAUCCCUUUCACUUCGGACCUCGUCCAUUCCCCUUCGGACACCCGCAGGACCCAUUGGGAUUCAAGCUGUCGGGAUUGCAACACCUGGGCCUGGAGCAAAGUGCGGGCCAGGGUUGGGGCGGGCUACCCCGAGGAUCUCUACCACCGCACUGUCUUCCACCGCCGCCCGGCCACCAUCCGCACACACACCCACAGCCGGUUGGCGCGUCGGCCUUCAACCCCUUCCACCAUGCCAUCGAACAAAGAUCCCCGAGGCUGCCUGGACCUAAUACCGAAUCCACGAGGAGCGACCUAGGCCCCAUCAGCGUGUCGGUGCGGGAAGUAACGCCGACAACGUCACCCGGGAACCCCGGACCGGGUUUGCUAACGACGGCCUCCGUGACGGCGCCAACGCCUCCCGCCGAGUCGACCACCACUACCACGACGCCCAGCCCGUCCGGACAUCAUUCACACUUUCAAGGUCUUCAUCUACUGGGCGCCACGGGAUCCAUUUUCGGCUCGAUAUUCGCGCCAUUGUUGCCGCAGUCCUCAUGGCUCUACAACCCGUUGUACCACACGCAACAGUAUAUUUUGGAACCUGAAUGGCACGCUCUAGCCCUGAGAAUGGCGCAGCAACGGCUGCAGAGGCCGGACCAGGCUCGUCUGGAGGAGCUCAGGAAGCUGAGGAGCAGCAGCGACAGCCCUGAGAGCAGCACGAAGGACGAGGAGCGGAGAGGAGACGAGCAAGGGGUGUUGCGCCGGUCCGGAUUGGACAGUCCGGACGACAGCAUCGAGGUGGACGACAGGAACGAUCAGGAUUUGAACAGAGACCGCGUCAGGAGCGACGAGUCCCUCCCCGAACAAGACUCCCCGAGAAUCUCACCGAUCAGGAGCGAUCUGGAAGACGCCGUGUCCACGGACGCCACCUUCCAAGAACCGUCGAUUCGUUUGAGACCGAGCAUAGAGAAUCUAAACGACUCGGAGAUCCAGAUCGAUCAGGAUCAGAUCGGCCGUCGCGGCGAUCUCACCGUGAAAAUCCGUCUGGAGGGCACAGUGGACCUUAGCACGAAGAAAGGCCAGGACAAGGAAAAUAUCGGUCAAGACCUAACGACACGGAGGAAGGAGGACGGGAUCGACGUCGAGAGAGAAGCCGUCAGAACGCGGAGAGAAAGAAGUCCGAAGCCCAGGCACGUGUGGAGACCUUAUUAAGAGUUCGAAGAGCGAGAGCACGUUCGCGCGUCCUUCGGGCGUGACACUUUUCACGAACUCGCCGAGACCCAGAGACGAGAAAGGAGGGGAGAAGUCGGGCUCGGCUUCGAAAGACCGCAGAUCGAGCCAAAGCGGUUAGCUGGGCGAGGUCUCGCGGUACGCGGUCUUCCCUCGUCCGGAAAAGAACGACCUUCGCGGAGAACGCGGCGAACGUUGAUUAAUCUUGUCUCGAUGGCCCAAGUCUAAUGCCAGAGGCAGGGCUUGCACGAUGUUACAGAUUAGUUUAGCAACGCUAAGCGAUAUAUCAUCACCGUUAAGUUGUCGAGGGAUAAACGGAAGACGCCCAGUCGGACGUCGCGCGACGACGGUAGCGUGAUUUUCCUCCGCUUGGCAAAUUAAUCGUCAGAGGAACUUUUUUGUCAGGGUUUUACUUGUAUAUCAUCACACACACUCGCCCGUCGCGGUGUCGUUUCUAAGAACUGUCAUGGACUCGAGGACUAACCAGGGUUUACGUUUUCGCAUAGUAUGUAAAUAUAUAAUAAUGCCCGACUAACUAUCUAGGUUAAUAAUGUUUCAAGAGUACACGUUAAGCAUUGCCCCCCCCCCCCUCUCGUCAUCCCGAUUAAGAAUACUCGAACCUUGCGAAUGUCUCAUCGACUACACGAGCCCGUCGUUGCCGCGAUACGCGACCUUACGAUCCUGAAGAACAAGUUUCUUGGAUCAGGACGCGUUUCCGAAUUCACUCAUCCCGAUCGUCAUCUCGAAGGAGAGCGUUUUAACGAUUACUUCGUAUUGUUACUUCAGAGAAGGAAGUAGAGGAAGAUACUCGUGUGGUAGGUGGACAUUUCGUUCCCCGGUACAAGUGGAAAUUCUGAGUAGCUCGUAUUGUAAAUAUUACCACUCUAAGGACUUCGAAUCCCGGCCGAGUCACAUCCCUUCCCCCCGUCGAGCCAUUGUUUCCUUUUCACGGGGCAACGCCGCUGUCGUUCGAGACGAGGCGAUAUCGAUAUAUACAUAUAAUCGUGGGAGAAAAUGUCAUUGUAUAAUUAUAUCGUCCGUGAGCUCCACGAGUCGUGCUCGACAACGCUGUAUGUACGCGUGACUGGCCUUAAU